UUCCGGUUUACAAUAUUAUUUCAAUAUUAUUUCUUCAUGGACAUCAGCAUACAAUUUCCCAGCGAUGCCGUCGAGCGUCGUAGGCUUCAAAAUCGAGCAGCGCAACGCAGGUUUCGCCAAAAGAGAGAGAAAGGACGCCAUGUUGUUGUCGAUGAAAAUGAUGUCCACACCAAUUCUGAGGCUUACCCAAGUUUCGGAGCAUCUAUAACUGGACCCCAGUACCAAAUCCAGUCGCAGCUAUCGCUACCUCACCCUGCAAAUAUAGAUGUGGUCCCACAAGGUGAUUCCACUACUUUACCUGGUCUCCUAUCAACUGCGAGCCCUUCGCUUCAGGUCGAGGGCAGUUCGAACAACGCUACCUCUCAUAUCGAUCCCAACUUCUGGGAUCACAAUGUCAUAGAUGGCUUCUUAUCGACCACGGUUACGGGGCUUACGCCCGAUGCUAACCCUUCUUCGCCGUCACAAUUCCUGCAAGAGCUAGACACAACCCCCGACGGAAUAAUAGGAACCGAUAUAGUCGACAAUACGAGAAUCUCUCAUCCCCUCCACAAUAACGAAAAUGAGCUUCAAGAGCCCCGCCCAUCUAAUGAUAUACGAAGGCCGCUAAGAUACCGACCCUCAGCACGUCUUAAAGAGUCCCUUGAAUCGGUACGCGGGGAUGACGACGACGGAUGGCUCGGUGCUUUACAUAUCGCGGCUCAAAGUGGACACGAAAGAAUGGUCGACAUACUAAUAGAACAAGGAGAAGACUUUAACGAGAAAGACAGUGAUGGACGUACUCCGCUGAUGCACGCCGUGAUAAGCGGCCAUGAAGGUGUGGCGCAAUUACUCCUCGCACGGGGCGCCCGUAUCGCUCCCGUAGACCGGGACGCGAGGUCGGUACUACACUGGGCUGCGCUGUACCGACGCGAAAGUAUGCUACGUAUGUUUCUCGAACCGCGGGGUGACUGCGCGGUAGAUCAUCCCGAUGUCGAUGCGUACGACGACUCGGGAUGGACGCCCCUACACAUGGCGAUCUAUCGGGACUUCGAGGCCGGCGUGCGGAUGCUUCUCCAGGCCGGCGCGCGUUUAGAUUCGAAAGCGCAGAAGUGCCCUUUCACAAGGAAACUGGACGUUCUCGGUUUAUCUUAACAAAUACCUACCUUUUACCUAAAUUCCUUACGUCCCGCGACUGCUUACGGUGCUUAGAUCCGAAUGACUACACAGAGUUCCAGACCACUAAUGCUUGAAAGUAUAUUUUACUACUUGCAUGGAAAAAGAUUGACUAUCGCUUCAUAUACAUAUAUAGUACGAAUAGGGAAAUAUUGUGACCCUUCCGGCUUCGGUGGAUAUAGACUAAACUUGAUAUAACAGCUGAGCACAAUAUCGGUGUACAACUGCGGCCCUCUUUUAAAAUAUAUAAAUCCAAAAAAUGCUGGCUUUUAUCAACCAUUAAGCAUAUUCUCUCUUACCCGCUUUCACGAUGGCCCUCCAAGGUAGAAUGGGCGUAUUACUCUUUACAACCCUACAACCGUCUUAUGGCAGCAUAUCGCAAUCAUAGAUACCGGCGUUCUUAUAUGUGUGGCAACAAUAAUCUUCCUCAUAUUCUGUAUCGAGACAAAAGAAACGGCAUGGGGGCGGUGGACUAGCGGUCCGCUUGACGCCUGAGAUUUAUCGACUCUGGAGGCGGUAGAGAUAUUGAUGGGCUUGCGAAGGUCACUCCGGUUAACCGCACUCUACACGACCAUUGAUGUUAUGGAACGACACUGUCAGUCAACUAGUAUUGCCGUUCUCCUAGGCUGUCUAUCUAAAUCGUAUCCGUUACUUUAAUAGAUUGCUUCGUUUUACCCCCAAUUAUU